AUGCAAGCGCCGCGGCGUCUGUUUAGCGAGCUUUUACAGCUCUCGACAAAGCGGCCCGUCCCUUUUCGACCGCUACACGCCCCGGCCACCUCUCUGGCUGGUCCUCUUGCCGCUCCUCGUCCUCAGGGUUCCCUCCACCCUCGACUCUUGCACGCCUCUCCUUGCUCUAGACACACCCAGCCGACAUCCGUCUCCUCCUCGACGCCUCUCACAGGUGGUACCGCUGCUCAGGCACAAGAGAGGCAGCGGCCUCAGCAUAACAGUGGCCCGGGUGGCCCAGGUGGCCCAGGGAACCGUCCCCCACGCCUCAUCAGGGUUAGGACUCUGCUCGCUAGCGGUGGGCUGCUGUCCUUCUUCAUUGGCCUCUCGGAACCCUUCCAUGUCCCCCACGAAGAUGAUGUCGAUACUUCCGGCCCGGCAGACUCGACCGAUGACCGCGAUCCGUCCCUCCCUCGCUUCCGGCUGAACGAGGUCCGGAAGCACGACGCAAAGUCCGGCAGCCCGUGGGUUACACAAGGCGAUAAGGUCUAUGAUAUUACCGAAUGGGUCGGAGCCCAUCCCGGUGGCGAGGUCAUCCUCCGUGCCGCCGGCGGCAGCAUUGAUCCCUACUGGGACAUUUUCACUAUUCACAAGUCGCCCCACGUCUACGAGAUCCUCAACCAGUACCUGAUUGGCUUUAUCGAUAAUGCCGACCUGAUUGACGGCAAGCCUGCCGCACAAUCGAUUGAGGACCCUUUCCAACACGAUCCCAGCCGUGACCCAAGACUCAUCACACUUACUCCCAAGCCUCGCAAUGCCGAAACGCCUUUGGAGGGCCUGGCUGACAGCUAUCUCACCCCCAAUGAGCUCUUCUACGUGCGUAACCACAUGUGGGUGCCCGAGGUCGACGACACCUCGGAUUACACCCUUAAGAUCGAGCUGCUCGACGGAACCAUCAAGGAGUACACCCUCGAUGAUCUCAAGACCAAGUUUAAGCCUUCAACCAUCGUGGCGGUUCUUCAGUGCUCGGGCAACCGCCGAAGUGACAUGACGCGCAACGCCAAAAAGACAAACGGUCUUCAAUGGAAUGUCGGUGCCAUCUCUUGCGCUGAAUGGCAGGGUGUGAAGCUCUCCGAUGUUCUCGCCGACGCUGGCGUCCCCAUUCUGGAAACAAUGGCUGGCGAUACGGAAGCCAAGCACGUCCAAUUCAUGGCUCUCGAGGCCUACGGCGCGUCAAUCCCCAUUGAGUCUGCUCUGGACCCCCGUGGCGAUGUUCUUCUUGCCUAUUCGAUGAAUGGAAAGCCGUUGCCAAGGGACCAUGGCUACCCCCUCCGUGCACUCGUGCCUGGCCAUGUCGCAGCUCGCUCUGUCAAAUGGUUGAGCCAUAUCACGGUGUCAGAUGAGGAGAGCCACAGCCAGUGGCAGCGCAAGGAUUAUAAAUGCUUCGGACCCAACGAGACGAAGCCGGACUGGGACAGCGCAGCCCCCAUCCAGGAAAUGCCCAUCACCAGCGCCAUAACAACCGUUAGACUGGGUGACUGGAAGAGUGGCACCAAUGACGCCGAGACCACUGGCCGAGAGGCUUCGCUGAAGGGAUACGCCUACUCUGGCGGCGGGCGCAGAAUCGUCCGCGUCGACGUGAGCCUUGAUAACGGCAAGACAUGGGACCAGGCGGAGCUCCUUGACGAGCCUGAGACUGCGCCCAAAGCCGGCCACAAGUCUUGGGCGUGGAAGCGCUGGAGAUACGAUGGCGUUGUUCCUCUGGGCGAACUGGGCGAAAACGGCAAGAAGUGCACAACGAUGCUGGUCAAGGCUACAGAUGAGUCGUACAACUGUCAGCCAGAGAGUUAUGCGGCCAUUUAUAACCAGCGCGGCAACUUGGCCAACGCCUGGCAUCGUCUCAGAAUUUGCUCAGACUGUGCCAAGGGAGCUUUGAUUACUACGAGAUGA